AUGAACAGGGUGUUUCAAGACGUGCUGGAUAAGUACGUCAUCGUGUUUAUUGAUGACAUCCUGGUCUACUCCAAGAGCGAAGAAGAGCACGCUGACCACCUUCGCUUUGUGCUGCAGCGCUUGUGGGAAAAGCAAAUGUAUGCUAAGUUUAGCAAGUGCGAGUUCUGGUUACAGCAAGUGGCUUUCUUAGGUCAUCUGGUUUCAGCUAAGGGUAUUGAAGUUGACCCGGGCAAGGUACAGUCCAUAGUUAACUGGGAGACACCCAAGAAUGUAGCAGAUAUUCGCAGCUUCCUCGGUCUAGCCAGCUAUUAUAGGAGGUUUAUUGAGAAUUUCUCAAAGAUCUCCACUCGUAUGACUUGA